CUUCUAAUCUCCAAAAUGGUGAAAAUUUCAUAGCCAUUAUUGGAGACAUCUGGUUUUUCUUUUUGUUCUUUAUUUUUUUCUCUAGUCAAUAUAUAGAGAUAUUUUUCUCUUUCUUACUGCAUCGAUCCAUCUCUUGACUGAAUAAAUACGUCAAAAGAAAGCCUUAACGAUUACACACUCUCAUACUUAUCUCCUUUUUACGUUUCUCAUUUCUCUCCUCUCUUUGAAAAUAAAAACAUUUGAUUAGAAAUAAAGGAGAUCAUAAUAAAUGGCAGAUCAAAACCCAAGAAUCAUCGUCGAGAAAAACCCAUCUCAAGCUCGUCUCGACGAACUAAAGUUCAAGUCAUGGCCCAAGUGGGGAUGUUCACCAGGGAAAUACCAUUUGAAAUAUGAAGCAGAAGAGAUAUGUUACAUUGUGAGGGGUAAAGUUAAGGUUUACCCUAAACCACCAUCAUCAUUAUCAUCAUCAUCGGAUGCAGAAGUUGAAUGGUGUGUAGAGUUUGGGGCAGGUGAUAUUGUCACUUUUCCAAAGGGACUUUCUUGUACUUGGGAUGUUUCUCUCUCUGUUGACAAACACUACAUUUUCCUCUCUUCUUAAUUUUUGUGUACUUGUUUUUUUAAUUCUUUUUUGUAUUUCUAACAUUGUGAUUCGUAUAAGUUGUUGCAUUUAAUUGGGUGUCCUUUUAGUUUUUUGUUUAGUAAGAAAA